AUGAGGGACUAUCACCAUGAGAACGUGGUUGACAUGUACAACAGCUACCUGGUCGGAGACGAACUCUGGGUUGUUAUGGAGUUCCUGGAGGGCGGGGCCCUGACGGACAUUGUCACUCACACGAGGUAACCAAUAAUCUGCCACUAAAGUCCAUUUACCUCUCUCCCAAUGACUACCUAAGCAUUAGCUAACAUGAGUCUUCAAUUCACUGUCUGAAAAAAUUGCAUUUGGAUCAUUGUCCCACUAAUUCAUCUCAGGAAGUGAAUAACCAAAGCAGAUUCACAAUAACAUUCCUCAACAACCCCCAUCAGAUCUGGUUUCAGGGGUUUUAGUUGUUUCUCAAACUUUUCUCUCUCUCUCUCCUCUUGUUUUAUUGUCUUCUCCUCAACGCCUCGUCGUUUAGAUUAGCACACGUUGUGUCCUUGGUCUUUUUUAAUUAUAGUCAUUUGUGUGGCGUGUGUCAGGGUGUGUGUCAGCAUUGUGUGGCGCCGUAUUGGGUGAUAAUAACACGGUUGUGUCAGUGGCGUCCCUGUCGGCGUGAAGUCGUGAGAUGGAGAGAAGAGUCUUGGUUAGUUGUGUGAGGAGGUGGUAAUCCCUCUUUCGUCCCACUCUCCUACCAGCUGUUUGGAUUGUCUUUGCUGGGUGUGUAAGUAACAGAGAGGGUCCCAUUUACUAAGGAAUUGUGUCGAUAAUAAUAAGAUUUGGGCUAAUCGUAGUGAUAAAGUCCACACUUUUGCAAUCUGUAUAUAUUCAAUAUACUUGUACCUACUAACACAAACAAAUCCUCAUAUAUCAUUUAUCCAGAGGGGGAUUAGUAAUUAGACAUCGUAAUUCAUGUAUAAUAACAAGCAUGUAGCCUACUGUCUAUGACAGUGGCACAUGCACUUGUGUCAUUAACAUCAUGCAUAGCCAUCAGAGGACUGUCAGCAACAGGUUUCAGUAAUAGAAUUCACGUGUUGGCUCUAGAAUUCACGUGUUGGCUCAGGUGAAUGAUACAAAUCUAUUUCAGUCGACUCUUUUGUUGCCCAAAUUACUGAUCACUGUGGAGAGCUGUAUUGGAGAACACACACACAAACAGUCCCACUGCAGGUGAGUACCCCCCCCCCCCCCCGAAUUUUCUCUCGCUCUCUCUUGCUCUCUCUCCACCCCCCCACCCCCCGCCGCUCCCCCUCCAGAUUGGUCUCUCUUUGUGUGUCGUGUUCAUGUUCCUCAGCCAUUUCAAUUAGCUACAAAUUUCAAUGAUCCUCAGGAGGCUCAGAUAAUGGAACUACAGGAUGUGUGUGUGGGUAUGCGUGUGACGCCCUUGGCAUCUUUCACAGCCUCAUUAAACAAUACACUUUCUUUUUCAUUCUCUGUUUGAAAUUAAUUUACUAUUGUGGCAAUCAUUUGUUUUGGGCGUGUGUCUGUGUGUGUUUGUGGACAUGUUUGUAUGUAUGUGUGUGUGUGGGGGGGCAUGUUUGUGUGUAUGUGUGUGUGUGGGCGUGUUUGUGUGUAUGUAUGUGUGUGUUUGUGGACGUGUUUGUGUUUUUGUGUAUGGAUGUGUGGGCGUAUGUGUGGGAAGCAUUCACUCUCCUUUGUCUACACAUCAACCUCCCAUUCUCUAGAUUGUUUUUCCAUUCCCUAAAGCCUAAUUUAUCUAUUGUAAUUCUCAAUGCAUACAUGUGUGACAAUAAAACCUGGCGCAAUCUACCAUGGGAGGGGUGUCUUUGUGUGUGUGUGUGUGUGUGUAUGUGUGUGUGUGUGUGUGUGUGUGUGUGCGUGAGUGCGUGUGUGUGUGUUGAGAGUUGUUCCUUGUUGUAAGCAAAUGGUAAGACAAUUGAUUCCUGUGGAGUGAGACAGGAUAGGGAGGACAGUGCUGGAGGGGCUGCAGGUGUGUGUGUGUGUGUGAUGGGGGAGGUUCUCACCAGCUGGAGCUUCAUGUUAAUGUUCUGUGGAGUUCAGCCAGAUGUAUUGUUUACCCCCCAGCCCACACACACACACACACACACACACACACAGACAUAGACACACACAGACACACACACACACAGACAUAGACACACACAGACACAGACAAAGACACACACACACACAGACAUAGACACACACAGACACAGACACACAGACACACACACACACACACACACACACAGACAGACAUAGACAGACAGACACACACACACACACAGACAGACACACACAGACACAGGCACACACACACACAGACAUAGACACACACAGACACACAGACACAGACUCAGACACACACACACACACAGACAUAGACACACACAGACACAGACACAGACACACAGACACAGACUCAGACACACACACACACACAGACAUAGACACACACAGACACAGACACAGACACACAGACACAGACUCAGACACACACACACACACAGACAGUACACGGCCAUGAAGUUCCAAUCUUCUUAGUUCAUAGGAACGUCGAGGAGAAACACAAUUGCAAUAUUGUGUGUGUGUGUUGUCUCCUACCGCCAUCCUAACCCGUGUGUGUGUGUGUGUCUGUGUGUGUUUGUUUCAGGAUGAAUGAGGAGCAGAUAGCCACAGUGUGUGUGUUGGUGUUGAGGGCUCUAUCGUACCUCCACAUACAGGGAGUCAUCCACAGAGACAUCAAGAGUGAUUCUAUCCUUCUGACCAGCGAUGGACGGGUAAGAUUCUGGACUAACUUAUUUAAUCAUGUACAGAAUUAACUGGCCUUCUAUCAUUGUAGGACUCCAGAUGUUGGCUUCACUGGUGGGUUGUGCCCACUACCUAUUGGGACACAACUAAAGCCUGUAUUGUGGUUAGAAACAUGGGUUUAUCCAUGCAUAGUAGAGUAACCAUGACAACCAGUUUCUGACAUGACGUCAAUGACACAAUGUUGCAUGAAAACACUGCCCUACACCCUCACACUGACCUCUGUGUUACAGUACAUGCCUACCUAUUUCUGGGCUACUGCCAGUGAUGCAGUACAGUACAAGCUCCUCAAGUGCCUCUGACUGCAGGACUGGAGAGAGAGGAGAGGAGAAACAAUUAUUAAUUAGCACCUGGUACCUAUUAAUGAAAGCCUGCCUAAUACCUCUUAACGAUCUGCUGGGACAUGAUGGAUGGUUGGCUAGUUAAUGUCACGACUUCCUCCGAAGCUGCCUCCUCUCCUUGUUCGGGCAGGCUUCGGCGUUCGUCGUCACCGGCCUUCUAGCCACUGCCGCUCCUCAUCUCAUCAUUCCAUUUGUUUUGUCUUGUUUAUUACACACACCUGGUUCAUAUCCCCUCAUCAGUACCUGUAUAAGUGUUACUUCUGCCCCCUUGUCUUUGUGUGUGAUUGUUUAUUGUGGAGGUAUCGCUAGCUCAGAUGAGCAUUUUGUUAUUUUUAUCGCCGGGAAUAUUUACCUUGUAUGUUUGGUUCCCAGUACGCACUGGGAUCAUGUUUACGCAUUGCCGCAGACUACCUUAUUGGGCUGAAUAAAGCAUAUUCCUUCUUCACACUCCUGCCCUGACUCAGUCCAUCCCCUCCCCACAGUUAGGGGAUUAUAGAAGCAGGAUUAGAAUGGUUUAUACGAAACCUCUUCAACCCACGUUUUCCUUAUAAUUAUUCCAUGGACAGAAGUUAAAUAUUUGAAUAUUUAGAAAAUAAAGUUAAAAUUCAUACCCAAAUAUGUUUUCCGAAAAAAGGAAACACACAUCCAAAAUGUAAAAUCAAUUAAGAUAAAAAUCUAUCAUUUCAUAUGGGAUUGUUGUGUCCCCAUGUACAAAAGUGGUCCGAAAAUUCCCAUAGAUAACACAGAUGAUCAACCAAAUAUGUUUUGUUUCCCACAGAUCAAGCUGUCAGACUUUGGCUUCUGUGCCCAAGUGUCCCAAGAGGUGCCCAAGAGGAAGUCUCUGGUGGGCACGCCCUACUGGAUGGCACCGGAGGUAAUCUCACGGUUACCCUACGGCACGGAGGUAAGGACACACAUUUGCCAAAUAUCACAUUAAAAAGUGAGUGAAGUUUAUUGUUAUAUAUAGUGAGCUGUGAAAAAACACAAUAAUACCAUUCACGCUACCUGCUAGGUGGAUAUCUGGUCGUUGGGCAUCAUGGUGAUAGAGAUGAUAGAUGGGGAGCCCCCAUACUUUAACGAACCCCCUCUACAGGCCAUGAGGAGGAUACGAGACAACCUGCCCCCACGGCUAAAGGAGUCACACAAGGUCAGCAGGGCAAAUCUAUUUCAUGACUGAAUUGGCACAUUUACAGAAAUGUGGAUUCAUGUCAGUUAUCCCCCAAGUCAAAUAAUUAGUAAUGUGUUCCCUCUCUCUCUGUCAGGUAUCGUCGGUUCUGAGGGCCUUCCUGGACCUGAUGUUGGUUAGAGAGCCGUCUCAGCGAGCCACAGCCCAGGAGUUGCUCCAGCACCCCUUCCUCAAGCUCUCGGGUCCCCCAUCCUGCAUCGUCCCCCUAAUGAGGCACUACCGCCACUGCUGA